GUUUUGUUUACUUCCUGUACGACUUUUGUAAGUAAACGCAUGGGAAAAGAACUGUUUCCAUAUACUAACCACCUGUGUAAAGGUGGAACAGAUGUCUUUUUUACACCUUUAAGAUUCAGAAAGGGAUCCACUGUCCAGAGGAUUCACUUAUAAACGUAACACAGGCAAUCAAAAUCCUCCAUCUCCAACAUAAGUCCAAUCUACUACAUCUCUAUUACCAACACCAAUAAGGAUAUACACUCUCAUAGGUCUAGCACUAAUAUACAUCACCAAUCACACUGUACAAAUCAGACUGUUUGUCUAAUAAGACAAUAAUGGAAUGGUGCUCAGCUGAAACAGACUCUAGCAUGUUUGACAUUUCUGAGCUGAAAUUCAAUGCAUUCUUAAAACCUGUCAGAGUAAAUGUUGGGAUUGAACAUGAACAACUGGAUGAUGUUGAGAGUCAGGUGAACAACAUCUUGAACUUCUUAAAUAGUGAAGAAGAGGUCAAUAAUGACACAAGUGUGGAGUAUGAAACUGUGACUGCCAUACCUGAAAAAGAAUUGGAUGUAAAUCAACAGCAAAAUGGCCCUCAAGAAAUGCAGAUAGAUUCUGACAGAGAUGAUGAAUCAGAGGGAUUGGAAGAGAUGGAAGAUUUUACUGAAGAGGAGCAGGAUGUUCCUCAGAAAGAGAAGGAAAGUUUUGGAAGCCUUAUAUCAAAGAAAAGAGUGCCACUGAUAAAGCUGCCAAGAAUUUCAAAGGAGAAGUUGCUAGAGGAGUAUGAAAGGAGUAUUUUAAAGAAGAGCACAGCAGUGGAAGUGUUUUCAAAGAAAACAAAGUCAAAGACAGAUUUCAUAGAGAAAGAUGGAGAUUUAAAAAGUUGUUCCUCUGAAGAUAUUAUGAAGGAAUCAAGUUCAAGGGAGGAUUGUAUACCAAUGGAAGAGAAUUCAAAAAACCCAAAUUCAAAGACUCAUUUCAUUGAGAAAGAUGGAGAUUCUAAAAGCUGUUCCUCUGAAGAUGAUUUACAGAAUGAUGAUGUUAGUGAUAGUAGUGGAACUGAAUGCAUGGAAUCUGAUGAGGAAGAUGUAUAUGAUGAGAGUUUCGAGUCCAAAAUUGUAACUGUUGAUAAAGCAUUUUAUGUUCCUCAGAAAGAGGAUGAAGUUUCAGAAAAUAAAAAUGAUGUAUCAAGAAAGAUAGAAGAUCCAGAUGAAGAAAAGGAAGACGUUUAUGAAGAGAAAGAAGAUACAGGUAAAGAAAAAGAAGAUGCAAAUGAAGAGAAGAUUUCUGGAAGAAGGAUUCUAAAUGUAAAGAUAAAAAAACCUAAAGAAAGCAUUUCAAAAGAGAAAGUGAUAGAAAAUUUUGGAAGCACUAUAUCAAAGAAGAGAGUGCCAGUGAUAAAGCUGACAAGAAUUUCAGAGGAGAAGUUGCUAGAGGAUUAUGAAAGGAGUAUUGCAAAGAAGAGCACAGCAGUUGAAGUGUAUUCAAAGAAGGAAACUUCAAAGACAGAUUUCUUAGAGAAAGAUGGAGAUUUGAGAAGUUGUUCCUCUGAAGACGAUUUACAGAAUGAUGAUGUUAGUGAUAGUGAUGGAUCUGAGUACAUGGAAUCUGACCAGGAAGCUGUGAGUGAUGAGAGUUUCGAGUCCAAAAAUGUAACUAGCGAUAAAAUAUUUGAUUGUUUUCUAUGUGGUGAAAAGUUUUCGACUAAAAUUAAAAUCGUACAUUACAGACGACAGCACAACUUAAAAGGUGAAAUUUGUGAAGAGUGUGGCAAAGUGACUAAGUCUAGAUCUGCCCUUGUUUGUCAUAAGAAAAUUCACAGGGCUAAAAAGGUGGAAAGGGUGAAAAAGGUGAAAUGUAGAGUUUGCAAAAAGUCUUUCUCAGAAGCUCUCCAUUUACGCCAGCAUGUAUGUAAUGAGGAACUAAGAGUUCGACACAUUUGUGAGUUAUGUGGAUCUACAUACGGCAGAAGGGCUGACUUGAAUCAACAUAUGCUUAAGGUGCAUGACGAUAGAACAUAUGAUUGUGGACAGUGCGGAAAAUCUUUUAAUCAUCCAGCUAAUUUAAGAGUACAUCUUAAGAUCCACAAGGGAGAAAAAUCAUUUAUCUGUGACAUAUGUGGAAAGGGAUUUAUAUUCUCCGGGGCACUGAAUCGCCACAAGAGGAUGCAUGCAGGUAUUAAACCCUUUAAAUGCAUUACAUGUGGAAAGUUCUUUAGAUCAAGAUACGAAUUAAAAUGUCACCAACGCAUUCAUACAAAAGAGCUGCCAUUCCGAUGUGACCUGUGCCCAAAAGCUUGCAAUCAAAAGACGUCUAUCCAGUUACAUAUGAAAAAUCAUCAUCAUUAUGAUAAAAGUGAUAUGUGACAUGCUCAUGUUCCUCCUCUUGUAAAGAGUUGUAAGAAAUGUUUCAAUUUUUUUUUACUCUUUAUCAGUGCAUAUGUUUUAAAAUACGUUGCUAUAAUUAAUGAUUUC